AUGCUCACCGCGGUGGUGGAGGUGGAGCGGGGGAGCCAGCCAGGCCCCGAGGAGACCUGUCACCCCACCCUUCUUCUGGAGGGGUCCAACAGCAUCCGCCUGCUUCGGCCAGGGACUCUGGAGACACAGGAGGCAGAGCAGGAGCUGCUAGCUCGAGUCCAGCCCGCACUGGGCUCUGUGGGCCGAGGGUACAAUGUGGCCCUGUUGCUUCGGGGUCGGGAAACAGAGGCACCCCGGCUCGUGCCUCAGCUGCUGCAGAUGCUGUUUGAGGAAGCUCUGCCUCUUGGGAGCUCUGAUCCUGUGCUUAGUACUCUUAGCCUGGUGCAGCUCAGCCCCAAUGGGAAGAUUCGGGACCUGCUCUCUCCAGGGACAGAGAACCUGUCGGUGCUGGAUGUGACCCCUCUGGGCUUGGUGGUGCAAGACGCCAAUGAAGUGGAGGUGUCCGACUCAAGAGCUGCCUCAGAACUGUACUUUCAGGCCACAGGGGGUGAAGGCAGAGACUGCCCCCUGCUGCAGGUGUUGGCGGGUGAGCUUGCUGAGGAGGAGGAGGGCUCUCUGCCCUGGGUUGUCUCAUGGCUCCUGGAAGGAAACAACUACAGUGGUCUUCUUCUUCGCUUGGACCUUCAAGGUUGCUCCCUGAGCUUGCUCCAGGCUGCUCUCUUGGGGGCCGCAGGAAGGAGAAUGCAGGUGAAACAGGUGAAGCCGACCCUGUGGGAUGCAGCAGAAGAGGCCCGAGCCCGCCGGGCUGGCCUGAAGAGCCUGCGUUCGGGCCUUCUUGGGGACCCCCUGACAGAUGCUGGGCUCACCCAGCUGGGCAGGGCACUGCGGGAGUUGCAGGUGGUAAAAGCCUGGAGCCGGCGCUUGGGAAGCUGCAUGCUCAAAGGGGUCAAAGCUGAGGCUGUGCUGCUCUCAGAACCACAGCCCUGGGCCUUGGGAAUUAAGCAGGCCCGGCAGGCCCCAGAUGUGUCCCUGCAGUUCUUCCUGGCCCAGGCUCGGAGGCAGAGACUGCGAGAAAAGCACCAAAUUUGGAUCCAAGAGGAACUGAAGAAUUUGGAACAGGAGGAGGAGGAGGCAGGAGACCAGGUCAAAAGCCUGGUGGCUGGAGAAGAGGCCUCCAAGAAGAGACAGCGAUGGCACCAGGAGCAGACAGUGCUGAGACACCAGCUGGAGGCUCUUAAGGCAGAGCGGGACACUGCGGAGCAGGACCUGAUAGCCCUCUAUGACCUGCAUGUGCAGGCCACCCGAGCUCAGACACAUCACGUGUUACAGGUGUUCCAAGCCUGGCGGGGGCUGUGGGAGGAACAGACCAUGGCCACAGAGCAGCACCACCGCAGCCUGCUGGCUGGCAUCCUGCAAGACACCAUCAGUUUGGCUGCACAGAACCAGGAGCUCCAAGCCCAGAACCAGCAGCUUCGGCAGGCUGCAGACUAG